AAGACGUCGAUGCCUUUGAACGGGGUACAGAAGCCACCAUGAGUUUUGUUUUACAAUUGGGUACGGUUGAAACGUCAACCGAGAAAACUAAAAACGGCAGCGCCUCAUCGUCAAUGCUAAUCGGUGCUCAAGAACUGACCGCACCAUUAACGAUCGGCGUUACCACGGCCAAUACCUUAGUCGCGAUGAGCGACGACAAUAGUGAUAAUAACAAUCCCCAAGUACUCCAGUGUCUCGAAGUGACGAACGUACCCGAGAUAGCAGUAAGCCAUUCCAUAUCGCUCUCCAAUGUAAAAUCAGUCAGCGUUUCUUAUCCGGUUACGAAAUCUAAUAAAGAAAUAGCGCAGAAGAUUACGAGUUCUCAAACAAAUACCACGCAAGUUUUGACAACUCGCGUGAUAUCUCAAAAAUUGCCGAGCACUGCUUAUCAAACGCAGCCCUUAACGUUAAAUGCUUCCUCAAACGUCGCUCAUUUACCAGUUAAUUCGCAAUCUUUACCUUCGCCAAGCAGUAGUGUCGCACAUGUCUAUCCUUUACAGGCAGCUACAUGUUCCCAGAACAGCCAACAAGCUAAAACUCAAACCUCCGUAAACGAUGCAAUUCCUAAGAAACACCAACAAGCUACAACGGUCGCAAGUUUGCAAACGACGAGUCUGCAUCCAAAAUUUCAGCAGAUCUCGCCCCAACAAAUUCUUAAUACUGCCACCGUAAAAACAAUUACCACAGCUACGAACAUCCCCAAUAUACAAAGGAUACAGGUGAAGACGCAAAAUAUCAGUGGGCAGCCUCAAACAGUCAAUUUGCAAAAAGUCAAAGCGGUAGCAAACCUUAGUAAUCCUACUGUGGUACAGCGUAAUUCGGUAUCGAGGAUACAAACCAUUCAAAAGUCACAAAUACUUACCUCUACGGCACAAGGGACGCAAUUUACGGUUAACCAAAUCGUUAACAAUGCGAACGUGCAACGAAUACAAACUGGCGUUUCAACGCCAUCCCAAAAAACUCAAUCCAUUAAUUCCACGAAUUCCCAAAAAAUGUCACAGGUCUAUAACAACCAAAAGACAGGGCAGCAAUUGGUAACUAACCAUCCGAAUCACAAAGCACAGCAUCAGCAAUAUCAGAAUAAUCAGCAGGUACAGCCAACAUUACAAAAGGUGCAGGGACAGCAACAAAAGUCAUUGCCUGUUCAGAGGCAACAGAAUAAUGUUCAAAAGUCUAACAAUUCCGUAGGUGGUAUACAGAAGGCACAAAUUAUUGGCCAGGUGCAAAGUCAACAACAGUCGCCACAGUUGCAGAAACAAGUACAACAAUCUCAACCGUCGCAACAUCAAAGAUCGCAAUCUGCUAUUGCGUUGCACAAAUCACAAACUUUGACGGCUAUUACUUCGAAUCGGGUGCAAACCAUAGCGAAUGUAUGUAAGAGUAAUAGCGUACCUAAUAUUUCGAAAGUUCAACACAAUUCGAAUGCUCUUAUUGUGAGUAAACAACAGGGAGUGUCGCAAUCGCAACAAACCCAUGUACAAACGUCGACUCAAUUGCAACCGCAGUUAUUACAAACGUCUCAGCAACAACAAGUUACACAAAAGCAUCAAACAGUUAAUUCUGCAGCGCAUGCUCAAAGAAAUCAUAAUAUUACAAAUAUACAUCAAAAGGUUUCUGCUAUAGCCACGAUACCAAGUAAUCAAAAAACUCAAACUAUAGUAAAUUCAAAGAUGCAGCAACAGCAGCAACAGCAGCAGCAGCAGCAGCAACAAAUGGUUAUGAGAGUAGGUGUAUCAAAAAAUCAAGCACAGAACUUGCAGCAAGGAAAUUUAAAAACUAUUCCACAAAAGAUCACAAAUACCAUAAAGUCUGCUAAUUCUCAAAAUUCCAUUCAACAAUCCUUACAUAGAAAUAAUAAUUCACAACCAGUUAAAAUCAUACAACAGCAACAGAACGUAAUUGGUCCGCAGAAUGCACAGAAACAACCUGGUUGUAUUAAGACUAUUCCACCUCAGAAACCAGCUCAAAGAAAUCAUGCUCAGAAAGUAUCAGGAGUGAAAACAUCAUUAAACACAAAUGUUACUACGAUGAAAAAUCAAGGAUUGAUGACAUCGGUAUCACCGAAAACGAGCAUAAAAACAUUACUUCCCCAACAGACAGUUAUGCCAAAUAUGUUAGUGCAUAAAAAUUCUCCUAUUAAAGUUCAACAACAAGCUAUACAACAAAAACAGCUUAUCAUGACGUCGCAAUAUUCACAGCAAGGUAGAACGCAAACGGGGCAAAUAAAAACUCUUCUCUCUACUACCACAAAUGCGGAAGUACAUAAAGAUUUAGAGAACAAAAUGGAGUCCGAUUUGCGUGUUUCUAAGGAAGAAGAAUUGCAACAAACACCACCGAAAUCCCCGGUGAGAAGGAUGCCGUUGCCUUACGAGUGUCUCCAGUUUGUUCUUCAAGACCAUAACUACGGUGCACCGCCACCGCGAACACCACCACCUCCUUCACCACCUCCUCAUCCUAAACAACAGCCCAUUAAUGGAGCUGGAAGCUCUACCACAACUUCUCAACAUUCAUAUAUAUACGGGCAAGUUGUAAAUAAUAGCGGUAACGUGGAGGAUGAUGCGGCCAGUGCAAUCAGUAGUGAACCUGGACGCGAAGCAGAACCUGAAGGUGAAGAAACAGAAACUGCUCCUGAAGGUGAAGGUGAUGACGAGGAUAGUGUUACUAGAUGUAUAUGUGAUUUUGAACACGACGAUGGUUACAUGAUCUGCUGCGAUCGUUGUCUAGUUUGGCAGCAUGUGGACUGCAUGGGUAUAGAUCGUUCUAACAUUCCUGACGAAUAUCUUUGCGAAAUUUGUCGGCCACGACGUGUUGAUAGACAAAGGGCACGUGCUUUGCAAAUGCGCAAACGUGAAGAGCUACUCAAUUCAGAUAGUUCUUCUGACACGUCGUCUACAAGUUCGGUAGACACUGAUAUUGGUGUUAAUGCAGCGCAGAAAAAGCGAACGUUGCAUCAACAAGUUCCAAGACGAAAAUCAGAUCCUCCACCGCAAGUAAGAAGACUGAAUAACAACAACAAUAACAAUAAUAACAAUGUGGCCAAAAGACAACGAAGAGACUCUAAUCCGAGACAGUCCAGUGCAGUAAGAAAGAAAGAGGCUACUAAACGAGGUCCAGGAAAACGUAAAGCUAAACGAAGAAUGAGUGUGGAUGAAAAGGAAGAAGAAGUACAAGAUGCAUGGGGUUCUAAUAUGACUCCGCUUAGACAAUGGAUUGAAAGAUACGAGGAAGCAGUGACCAAUCACUAUAGUCCUGAAUUAAGAGCUAGAAUAUCGAGCAUAAAGGUCAACGGUACUCAUAGUGAUUUGAGACAAAGUAAUAUGAAUGUUAUUGCCACUGGUAAAUGCAGGCUGAAUGUGCACAGCAACAACUUGAGAUUUUUGGUGGCAACUAUGUAUCUACCGUCAAAUACUCCGGUUGUUGAAUUACGUGGAAAAUAUAUGCUCAGUACGCAACAUAGACCGUCGCAUCCUCAGGGUAGACAGCAUGCUCAAAGACCAGGGCCUUUUGUAUUCUUUUAUCGAUUACCACGAGAUGGUACCGAAGUAUGUGUAGACACUAGAACAUAUGGAAAUGAUGCCAGAUUCGUACGACGUAGCUGUAAACCUAACGCAGAAAUAAAACAUUGUAUAGAGAAAGGAACAUUGCAUUUAUAUAUUGUCACAAGUAUGGCAAUCGAAAAGAAUGCUGAGAUAACUAUUAGGCAUGAGUCACACGAUUUGUUAUUGUCGCCUAAUCCUAAUUCCCCAGUGAUACCGGUGACUUGUGCAUGUAAUAAUGCAAGGGAAUGCCAGUUUACAGCUACAAAUCAAUUAAAUAGAAGAGGUAGUAAUGGAGCUCUUGUAGAAAAUGCUGAUGGCCGAGAAAGGAGGCGACGAGGUAGACGAAACACUGUUUGUGAAGAUAGCGAUUCUAUAUCUACAGUAACCAGUACAAAUGUAACACCAGCGACGCAAGUGCCAACGGUAAUACCCGUAACAGCACCACCUAGAAAGGCUAUAUCAACUAGCACCACGACCGUAACGCGUCAGCUACCAAAAGAAGAAGCUACAAUAACGGCACAACAACAACAGCAGCAACAACAGCAACAACAACAACAACAGCAGCAGCAACAACAACAACAACAACAACAGCAACAACAACAGCAGCAGCAGCAACAGCAGCAACAGCAACCACAACCACAACCACAACCACAACAACCACAAAUUUCUCCUGGUUUGCCACAGUCUACUAUACAAGAGAUUAAAAAGGACAAAAAGAAAAUGACAAGAGAGGAGAGAAAAAUGGAAGCUAUUAUGAAAGCUUUUGAGAGAUUAGAGAAAGCAGAACAAAGAAAGCAGGAAGUUCAAGCUAGAAAUGCACAGAGAAAGGAGUCAGGUGGUACGCAUAGCGAUAACGAGGACAGCCAUAAUCCUGCGAUAUUACAAUCUAAGACUAAACAACAAAAUUCCGAAAGAACAUUACGACGAAAAAGAAGAAAGGGUCGUGCAAGAACUACGUCACAAUCACAAAGUAGUAGGAGAACAAGGUUAAAUUCUGCAGAUUCCGAUGUCUCGUCCGGCGACGAGAGUAAUUCUAUGCAAUCUCCUCCACUUGUUAAUCAAAAUCGUUCAACAAGCGGAGAUACUCCGUAUUCGGCACACUUACAUACAGCAGCAAAAAAUGGAAGCGAUGGCGGCCCUACUACCGGUACAUCAGGACAUCAGGGGAUACCAACGGCAGCCGGCUUAUUACUAGCGUUAGCUAAUUCAAAUACACCUGGCUCAAGUUCUCCACCCUUACAGCAACCAACACCCGUUAAAAGUCCUACGUGUGAUAGCGGUGCCAGCAGUAGUUCUCAAAGUUCCACUCCGUCCACACCGCUAUCUUCAGCAUGUUUACUUGUUGCAGCAGCAGUUGGACCUUUGGCUCCUGGUUUUAAGUUUCCAAAAACUAAAAAAGUUCUGAUGAAUGAAUGGUUGAAGGAAUCGCCAGACCCACCUCAGACUAAUAUGCCUCAAGUGUCGCCAUUACCUGCAUUGUCAUCUACAUCUUUACAGAAUCCUGUCAAUCCUCUCUGUAGGUCAUCAGAGUUUUCACUACCUAAUGAUCCGUCUGCAGAGUUUUUAACUCAAAGUUAUGCAGCCAAAAGUCUAGCCACGCUUGUCCAAGCUGCUAAUUCUGUUUCCGGUAUAUGUGAUUCUCCACCGCAAAGAAAACAAAUGAUUACAGGAAACAAUGCUUGUCCUGUUUCAACUGGAUCGGCAAAAAAAAGAUGGUUGAGACAAGCAAUAUCUGAAGAAUGUGAUUCGCCGAAUAGCCGGCCCGACAGUCCUCCACCUAGCGAAAUGGUGGCACCACCUAAAAAACGAAGAAUAGCUAGGGAAAGUUUAUCAUCUGAUAAUUAUACACCACCCACGACACCAACGAUGUUGCUUCCUGAAGUUACUUCGACCAAUAGAUCUUUGUGUAAUAAUGAAGAUGAUUUUAUUGAACACCCUCACAAUGAAUCACCAACGAUGGAACAUAACGAUGAACAACAUGAUGAACCAGAAUCUGUACGAGAAACGAGCGUACGAAGUAAUUUAGUAGAGACUUCAGAAAAAGCAUGUAAUCAUGGCAAAUUGUCUAUUGAUAUUCCUCAUUCGGAAGUAAAUAUAAAAUGUGAGAAAAACGACGAAUUUACAGAGUUUAUUAAAAUAGAAGAAACAGCAUUGACAAAAGAGGAAGUAGUUUCGAUAAAAGAAGAAUCAUCCAUAAAUAUUGAGAUGAUCGAUUCAAAAAUAGGUUCUAAAGUUGAAUUUAAUCCAUCUCCUUCGGAAUUUAUUAAAAAUGAAAAAAAAAGUACUAAAAAAAGUACUAGUGAGAUACACGAUCUCCAAGUGAACAGUAUACAAAUAAAAAAAGAAGAUACUAUUAAAGAGGAAAUUGGAAAGGGAACCGUAGAGAUAAUUGAUCAGAACGAACAAGACACCGAAAUGGAAGAUUUUAGUUCUCCCAUUGCUGCAAUAGAAUCUGAUGCUAUUCUAAAGCAGCGCGUAGUUGAAAUGAGAUUAGAAUUUGGUGAUAGUAUAGCAGAGAUCGUUAAUGUUUCCAGUGAACAUGACAAAUCUGAUGACGACAAGCAGAUAGAAAAUAAUAAAGAUUCAGAAAUAAGAUCCGAGGAUAACAUGUCGAUCGAUGAAUUUGACGUAGAGGCACAAAUGAAAAGAAUAACGGGAGACGAUGGCAAUGAUUACAAAGAAAAAGUUGACACAAGCUCGGAAAAGGAUAAAAGUAUGGAUGGCAUAGAAGGACUUAUGGAAAGCUCAAAGGAAGAUUCCGAAUCGGAAGAUAGAGAUAUAGACGAUAUUAAAUAUAGCGAAUCUUCUUUUAAAUUAUUCAAUAUAUCUAAUGAGGAGAAUUUUAAAGAAUUCGAAAGAAAGUCUGAAUUAAUAAAUCUUAACGAGGAUGAAGUUAAAGUUGAUGAGAAACCUGUUAAUAAUGAAUCACAAAAAAUAGAUCAAACAUCUUCUUUCGUUAUUUCAUCGGAAGAAUCUAUUUUUGAGUCGACUUCCUCCAAUAUGGAUACAGAAUCUGUUUUAGAUCCUCCGAAAAUUUUUCACUCGAUACCACCGUUGAGUGAACGAAUUAGAAAAAAAAUUGAUCCAUCUAGUACUACUAAAACACAAUUGAAUUUUGAUGCAGCUAUUAUUGAAUCUACUAUCGAUAUGGAAGCAGAGGAAGUUUGUAAAAAUGGAGAAGAGAAAUCAAUGUUAUCAACAGCUUUACGAGAAUUGUUAGAAGCAAAACUUGAGGAGGAAUCACCUGAAGAAUGUAAAACAAAAGUCGAUAAUGAAGAUACCACGUCUUAUAAAGAAAUAAUAUCGCUUUCGCCUGAAAAUACAGGGGAAGUUAAAGAUCCAAUUGCUAAAUGUAAUAGCCAAGAAACUCAUUUGGAUAAUGUUUCUACAAAACAAGAUAACAUUCAGCCCAAAGAAAUUAAAAGAUUAAAGGAUCCUAGAACAGUUGUACCAAAUAAUAUGCCAGCACCAUAUACGUCGGACAUUCUUCCGCCAGUCAAGCGCAAGGUUAGAACGCUAUCGAUAUCAGAAUAUCGUAAACGCAAACAACAAUCAGUUGGUACGCCUCCAGAACCAGAGCCAUCUAAUGAUGUAUCUACAACAGAAAAGGAUAAAGCAAGAGGUAGAUCAGAUAGUGCAAGCAGUGGGACUUCCUCUCUAAGUUCUGACGAAGAAGGUUCUAAAAUGUCACUUUCCCUUGAUUUACCAGGGAUUACUGCAUUACCACUUUUCACUAAUGCUGAAAAUGAUGAAAAGAAAGGUAGUGAAGAAGGUACUAUUGGUUGGUCCGCAGCACCAACAUUAGUUGAACGUCAAAGAGAAAAUUUAACUGAAAGAUUGAAACGUGAAUUUGGCUUAUUUCUCAGUGACGACGAAGAAGAAAGAGCUCGCAAACAUGGUUUGACUGCAGAAGCAAUUUUAAAAGCUCGUAAGCCGACAUCACCGCCACAUUCUUCUAUUCCCACUACAUCCCCUACUUAUCCUUUACCACAGUUACCACCUCAACCAUAUAUACCACCGCCUGGUUCUGCAGCUAUAUAUUAUCCUCAGUACCAGGCUAAUAAAUCCUGUCCUAUUCAGUAUUCUAAUUUCAGUGCACCACAAACGACAUCACAAACAGUAUAUCCAAAUAUAGCCGCUCAAGGAACCGUCAACAAACAGGUACAGUUUUUAGUACCUCAAGCAGCAUCUCAAGCGCCACCAGGUUCAAAUCCAUAUCCUCCGCAAUUUAUUCCAUCGACUACGACGACAGUGCCAAUUACCAAAUUUUCUUCUGCAACAUCAACGUCUGGAACUUCUCAAGUAUUUUCUACUUCAGGUCAGAUGCAGAAGCCUUUUUUUAACCAUCCUGCACCAAGGUCGUAACUGGUAUUAAUAGUAGUACUUUUCCAAAUUUUUAGUUAAAGUACAAUGAUAAAUAAUUAUCAGCCAUUCUCGCUCUCUCUCGAUAUAUGGCGAACAGUGAUGUAUGUAUGACAAAUUUUCAGCUAUUACAAGGUAAUAUAAACAUCACAAUUGGAAUAUACUCUUAAAAGUCACAAUUUCUUCUGAUAAUUUAUUUUAUAUGAUUUGUAUUUGCGAGUGUGUACGUACUUUUAUAUAUAUAUAUAUAUAUGUAUAUAUGAUAUGUAUAUAUAUGUAUGCUUAUAUAUAUAUAUGUAUAUGUAUAUAUAUAUAUGCACACACAUAUUAUUAACAUAAUUCAUUAUACAAAUCACACUGUAUUAUACAUAGAAAUCGAAGGAAAAGUAAAAAACAUAUGUAGGAUGUGUGAACAUCUGAAGUUAAGAAAUAUGAGACUUGUUAAUGUAGGUACUACUAUACGCUUCUAGAAUUUUCAUGCGCAGAAAUAUACUGAAACGUAAUUCGAUGGUUUUCAAAAUAUUCAACAGGUUUCUGUGGCCUAUGGCAAUAGUUAAGUAUUUUGGAGACAUAGUCAUAUGCAUUUUAGGUAGUAUAUGUUGAAACCUGUUGAUACAAAUAUAUUAGCAUCUCUUACAGGUAAUAGAAAAAAAAAGUGUAUUCCAAUGUAUGCACUUUUUAUACCACUAAAAUGGUGCCGUAAAGUGUUUAUACAUAGCAUUAAUCCAAUUUUGAUAAUAUUAACAAAGUUGGAAUCUUUUAAACAGAUGAUCAAUCAGAGAAAUAUUGAUCUGAAUCUUUAAGAACAGUUAUCAUCGUCAUAUAUAUAACGUGCACCUAUGAGUCUGCAUUACUCAAUUUAUCUGUAUAUAUUACUUGCAUAUAUGCAUAAUAUUAUAAUAAUAUGAAUCUUUAUUUAAUCGUAAUUGUUAGAUUAACGCAUAGACUUCUAUAACAUGUAAUUAAGACAUUGUGCUGUGUUGUACUGUUUCAAAAAACAGUACUCUCUGUGUCCAGAAUUCUCUAUAUUUUAUAUUUCAUUGUAAAAUUCCGGAUAAUUAGUUGUAAUAAAUAUGUUGAAAUUUAAUUUCGAGAGAGUUCAUUUGUAUAGUUGAAAAUUAUAUUCGAUAUGAUACAUGCAUACAUAUACAUAUACAUAUACAUAUAUACAUAUAUAUAUUUAUAUAUAUAUGUGUGUAUGCAUGUAUGCAUGUAUGUAUGUAUGUAUGUACGUAUGUAUAUUACUUUGGACGUUUUUUACCACAUUGCUUUAUUUAGGCAUAAAUGUCUUCAAAUUUUGCUAUAGCUUUUACAUUUUAUGGAAAAUAUCAGUUUUAAAAGGCCUUAAAAAAAAAAAAAUAAUUGUUAAUAUUAUAGAAAAGGACAAGGCCUUAGAGACUGAGUAUUUCUGAAUUUCUAUAUUCCAAACAUGACAUAAUUGUUUUAUAUGUUUAGAAGUCUAAAGAAACACGUUUGUCUUUAUGGCAUGAUGUUUUAUACAAAAGUUCUAAGUCCUUGUUAUAUAUCGGUUGUUUCUUUCACAAUAAUAUAUAGAUAUAUCAUACCUAAAUAAAAGGUGCUUACAUAUUUUAAUUUCUACAGCAAAUCAAUGAAUACAAGUUUAGUUGUAUUUCAAUUAGAAAAAUCGACAAAAAUUUGUAGAAAAACAAAAAACGUUAUUAAAUUUUGGGAUAAUUAAAUCCUAAAAUUUAAUGUUCAUAUAAGUACAAAGCUGAGAAUGAGCAGGAGAAAUUUUCUGAUGAAACAUUUAAUAAUGAAUUACAGUAAUUAAGAUUGAGACUUGUAGGCUAUUCUAUGAAGAAAAUUGUUGUACACUUUUUGUUUAGCGUUUAUAGGGCUUUUUGAAGAUAAAGUAUCGUUUAAUGUAAACUAUUUUAUUUUUGCUGUAACUGUUUAAUACGUUUUCAAUAGAGUUGUAUAACCAAGUUGUGCAAUUCUACGUGUUUAGAAACCUAUACAAAAGUGGAUACUUAGUGGAUCAAAUAAAUAUGUAAUUUAGUAGCUCCUAACACAAAUAAUUUUAUUUAGAAAUGUAAAUUAUGUAUUGAAUAUUAUCAAUAUAUCUAUCUAGUGUACACAUCAAUGUAAUUAAAUAAGUGUACAAAGCUUCAUAUAAAUUUGGCACAUUGAUAAUUGUGUAUAUAUAACUGUAUUACUAGUUAUUAUAUUUAAACAUAUAUCAAAUCAUUCUGUUUUUAAAAUUUCAUUUCUCUCUUUAAUAAAUCAACUAAUAUUCAUUAUGAAUUUUAAUUUAAUAUUUUUAAUUUUCAUUAAAGUAAAGAUUUAUGUUUAAAGACACAACGAAAAGUUAAUUAUUCACAUAUGUAACAAUAUUAAUAUAUGUUUAUCAAAACAUGGAACACCUCAAGCCAUAGAUGCAAAUAAGCGAGAUAAGUAACGUAUUAAUUAUAUACUGCGUACCAGUGAAUAUUUUCGUAAACUUAAAUACGUUUCUUUUCCAAUUAAACAUAAUUUCUCAAAUGUUGCAAUGUGUGAUUAAUGAAAGUUACACAUGUUUUACCAAAUGUAAUUAAAUAGAUAUAUCACAACUCCAAUUUUCUUUAUAUUCUUAUCAUGGUCUUUUAUUUAAUAUUUUGGAAAAAUCUAAUUUAGAGUCAAAGAAAAAAAAAGAAGGAAAAUGAAAAUUGUCAAAAAAAAUAAUAAGCAAUUGUAAGAAUUCGUAUGCAUAUAGAAAAUACAAUUAUAAUAUACUUCUGCAAGAAUUUUUUACUAUCACGUUUUAAGCAAAUAUCAAAGUUUGGAGAUCUGUGAUUAGUAAAUAAGACAUAAAAUUUGAGUUUAAAUAUUUCUGUACUAUCUAUGAAAGUAUUUUGUCGAAUUCCUGAGUGCAUAUGGAUCUCUGGUCUUUACAAAAAUGUUCUCUGUUUACAUUAUGUUUGGCUGCGAUUUGAAAAUUUAAACAAACAUAUUUUUGGCAUUUGGUAUUCCUUUAUACUUUAGCCAAUAUUUUGUAAUAAAUAGUACUAUAAGCUGCAAAUAUCACAGGUGGUGUACAUAUAUACAAAUGCGUGUACAUCUAUACAUAUAUACAUAUAUAUAAGUGUACAGUUUAUGUUCUCCACCUGAGUAUAUAUGAAAAAAAAAGAAAAAAA